AUGGUCUACAGAGGAUGUCUCGGCUCGAAUCACAACUCCUCAAAGACUCGGGCUGGUCUGGGUUCGCUGUACGUUAGACGGGCGUGGUUCCGAGUCUGGCUCUUCGUCAGACAUUCUCAAGGUGUAACAUACAAUGAACAGCACAAUAUGCCCCGUCUCUCGCAUGUCAAGGAAGAGAAGAUCCGAAGAGCCCUCAGAGAGGUCUCCGAGAGCUCAACCAGCUACGUCCAAUACUGGUGGGAAGACUUCCGUCGAACUCCCCGCGCCAGCCGCAGGCGCGGCUGCCUCGUCGACCAGCUCUUCAGAAGCGCAGACCCAGACCUGCGCAGCUGCCGCAACGCGUGGCUGCUGCACGAGUGGAUCUUCGCCAUCGCCUGUCUGCUGCUCGACGGGCACGAGGAGGGGACCUUCAACGCGGAAGAUGUCGUGCGCCAGGCAUACCGCAACCGGGAGACGGUCACCUUCAACCACUGGAGGUGGACGAACGACGAGUGGCUGAAUGGAGGGAGGCGGAAGCUGAAACAUCCCGUCGUAAGCGGCGGAGGUGUGCUUUAG